UGGCAGCCUCCACAAAAAUGUUUGCGGCCGGCCAAAUUUUCCUUAUUUUCGUCUCUUUUACUGCCUUGUCAGUUGUUAGAUCAUCUGAUGAACAAUUCCACGAGGAACUCCUGAUCAAACCACUUCCAAAUGGCCAUAUAUAUACCCACUUUCAGUUCACAACAACUUGGGAUAUUGACAUUGAAAAUGAAUCGUCAUUCUCUCAUUUCCGACUGUUUCCAAAGUCUCUUGGAGAGACGAUUGCAAAAUACUCUGUUCAAGAACUUCAUCUGACCAUGACCCAGGGUUUGUGGCGAUAUGAAAAAUGGGGCUACCCUGUCAGUGAAGCCCCUCCUGGCGCUGAAUUAUGGGUGUGGUUCUUACCUGAAACUAAAAAUAUUGACAGAAAAUGGUCAGAACUGAGCAAUGCUCUCUCAGGUCAGUUCUGUGCCUCUUUGAACUUCAUGGAUGGCAAAUCAACAGUCCUGCCGAAGUGGUCAUUCCGCCCCCAUGGUGCUGCUGACCCACACUAUGCCAAUCUAAACCGUCAUGGGAGGUACUCGGCUUUACCUAGGGAGUCUGUCUGCACAGAGAAUCUCACACCUUGGAAGAAACUCCUGCCCUGUUCAUCAAAGGUCGGAUUGGCAGCACUCUUCGAUGCUCGCAAGUUGUACGAUAGCGACUAUCAUUCGCUUGGUUUACAUGUCCGUCCUGUCUGUAAAGAUGCAGCGUGCUCUUCAACUGUGGUUGAAUUCAGUCAGACAUUAGCUGAAGUGUUUGAGCCAGCCAGAGGAUCAGGAAAACCUGAUUCCUCUCUGAAAGACCUGUUUGGACGCUUUAUUCCGUCAUCCUGCCCCCUGGCAAGCAGUAGUAAAGUUUUUGUUGAUAUCACUCCCCGGAAGGGAGUACAAUCGCCAAGCUUAUCGCCAGCUCCAACCAGGACAUACAAGACAAAGAGAGGAGGUGAGGAGAGAGAGAUCGCAGAAUACAACCUGCCAGAUUUCAUCUCGAAGGACAUGAUGCUCAAUGUGGCCAUGAAGUAUAACAGCCCCAUCUCCUACGUGGAACCCACUCCACCACAGCUGUAUGCCCACAGGUUCUCAACAGGUUAUGGCCAAGAGCAAGGUGGCAUGAUGAGCCAGAUUUAUAAUACAGAUGCGACUAAGACACUGACCAUCAUCUAUAUGGAGACCAUCCCGUGGUUCAUCCGUGUCUUCUUCCAUACCAUCAAGAUUGAAACUAACGGAAAGCAAGUCAAGCCAUCAAAACUACAUUACGUCCCUGGUAAAGACCGUGAACAGUCCUACCACUUGGAAGUAGUGCUCACGCUGCCGCCAAAAUCACGGACAACCAUCAGUCUGAAUUUUGAGAGGGCGCUGUUAAAGUGGACGGAGUACCCGCCAGAUGCUAACCAUGGGUUUUAUAUCAAUGCCGCCGUCAUCAGUACCAUGCUACCCAGCGGAAAGCAGUAUAUGGCUUCUCCCCAGAACAGUUCAAGAGUUAGUGCAAGUUUUGAUGACAAGGCCUCUUUGUUCUUCUUGAGGAUUCACACAGAAACUUUGCUCGUCAGCUUACCGGUGCCCGAUUUCAGCAUGCCGUACAACGUCAUCUGCCUUGCUUGCACCGUUGUUGCAAUCGCAUUCGGAUCUCUUCAUAACUUGGCCACGAAACUCUUCCAACUCCGUGAUCCCAAUGAAAAGAAACCAGGACUUUUACAGAAAAUAAAGGACAAACUAUUCAAAAGGAAGAACAAGACGGAGGAGAAAGAGACUGAGAAAAAUGAGUGCGAGGAAAAGGAAGAAUCAGCUUCAAGUUAGCGCUUGUGCUUUAUUGUAAAAAUCUGGCGAGCGAGUUAAAUGUAAAUUGUAAUUCAAGAAAAUAGUCUAAAGUACUAAGUUAAACUGUAGAUACUAAAGUUUUGAGGUAUUGCUUAUGUCACCAUAGGAAAGUGGAAACUUAUAAAGUUUCAAACUUGUCACCGCACUUGUAGUUAAGUGGACAUGUAGAUAGUUUUCAGUGGCUGGUGUACAUGGUGUAACUGAUCCAGGAUUAAGCUUUUUUU